AUGGUGGCGCUGAGCGGUGUCCGCUGGCUGACCCGAGUGCUGGUCGCCGCCCGCAGCCCUGGCGCAUGGAGAAGCUUGAGUACCUCGGCGGCGGCCGCUGCCUCGGCGAGCCAGGCCAACGAUGUGAGGGUGGAGGGGGCGUUUCCGGUGACCAUGCUGCCGGGCGAUGGCGUGGGGCCUGAGCUGAUGCACGCCGUCAAGGAGGUGUUCAAGGCUGCGGCUGUCCCAGUGGAAUUCCAGGAGCAUCACCUGAGCGAGGUGCAGAAUAUGGCCUCGGAGGAGAAGCUGGAGCAGGUGCUGAGCUCCAUGAAGGAGAACAAGGUGGCCAUUAUCGGAAAGAUCCAUAGUCCGAUGGAGUAUAAAGGAGAACUAGCCUCCUAUGAAAUGCGGCUGAGGCGGAAGUUGGACUUGUUUGCCAAUGUGGUCCACGUGAAGUCGCUUCCUGGCUACAAGACUCGGCACAACAACCUAGACCUGGUGAUCAUUUGAGAACAGACAGAAGGGGAGUAUAGCUCCCUGGAACAUGAGAGUGCCAGGGGCGUGAUUGAGUGCCUGAAGAUUGUCGCUCGAACCAAGUCUCAGCGCAUUGCGAAGUUUGCCUUUGACUAUGCCACCAAGAAGGGGCGGAACAAGGUCACAGCUGUCCAUAAGGCCAACAUCAUGAAGCUUGGGGAUGGGCUGUUCCUGCAGUGCUGUGAGGAAGUUGCCGAACUGUACCCCAAAAUCAAGUUUGAGACAAUGAUCAUAGACAACUGCUGCAUGCAGCUGGUGCAGAACCCUUACCAGUUUGAUGUCCUUGUGAUGCCCAAUCUCUAUGGGAACAUUAUCGAUAACCUGGCUGCUGGCCUGGUCGGGGGAGCUGGUGUGGUCCCUGGAGAGAGCUACAGUGCUGAGUAUGCUGUGUUUGAGACGGGAGUCCGGCACCGGUUUGCCCAGGCAGUGGGCAGGAAUAUCGCCCACCCCACAGCCAUGCUGCUGUCAGCUUCCAACAUGCUGCGGCAUCUCAAUCUCGAACAUCACUCCAGCAUGAUUGCAGAAGCCAUGAAGAAGGUGAUCAAAGCUGGCAAGGUUCGCACCUCUGACAUGGGUGGCUAUGCCACCUGCCACGACUUCACUGAGGCUGUCAUUGCUGCCCUGCCCCACCCAUAGGCCCUGCCCCUGGUCAUGUAUGGCACUCAAUAAAAACAAUAUACUGA